UUAGCUUGGCCCCUCUCCCCCGCACAUGGUAAGCUCCCGCUUCCAUCUCCAGCUCCUGUGCACCUUCCCUCUUCUAGCCUUGCCGUUUACGCGUGUUAGCACACCGCGGAGAUACAUCUGCCGUAUCUCCAGGCCCAGAUCUCUACAGCGACUCUACAUGGGCAUAGACUCGGACUGACGGGUCCAAGACAUUGCUGGUGCGGAGAUAGGUACGUCAUGUUACAUGUAGAUCAAUCUAUUAGACUUCAGCAAUCGGACAGCUCAACGGUCCCGUCUUAUCUUUCCCCUCUCUAUCACACCUGCAGCUGUAUAGUAGUUAUAAAUCUUCAAGGAAUCCACGAUCAUGUCUUCCGUAUCCCGUCUCGCAGUUUCUGCCCGUCUCGCAUCUCGCGCAAUUGUUCCCGCGAAAGCUCCAUUGCGACCAGCAGCUUUCACAGCUACGCGGUGCUUCCAUUUCACACCAGCAAAGAUGUCUCAACACCCAAUUGCGACGCUUCAGGAAGAUCUGAUCCCCAGGCUCCCUCCCUCCUCGCCCACUCUCUUCGAGGCCAAGAAGAAGAAGAACCUCAGCUUCGAAGCUAUUGCCAAGGAAGUUGGUCGCGAUGAGGUAGCAAUCGCCGCUUUGUUCUACGGACAGGCGAUGGCCUCGCCAGAAGACAUUCAGAAGCUGUCGAAAGUCCUCGACAUUCCCACCGAAACACUUGAAUCGCAAUUGUCUGGCUUUCCCGACCGCGGCCGAUCGCUCGAGAUGCCUCCCAAGGACCCGCUCGUAUACCGCUUGUAUGAGAUCGUGCAGAACUAUGGAUACGCGUACAAGGCUGUACUGAACGAGAAGUUCGGUGAUGGUAUCAUGAGCGCCAUCUCAUUCUCGACGAAGAUUGAGAAGGAAACUGACGAGAAGGGUGAAUGGGCAAAGAUUACGCUGAGGGGCAAGUGGUUGCCAUACUCGCGUUUCUAGAGUAGCAACAACGUUGAUGAUAGUACAUUAGGAUGUGUUGCGAUAAAAACAUUGAUGGUUCUCCUUUCCCUCUUGAGUCGCUCAUACCCGUCGUCUCUUUCUAGCUAUCCCAAGUGUGCAGUAAGAUGAGGCAGAGUACAGAUGUGAAUACGCUGCCCAAUAGUAUGGAAUGGCCUGCCGAAGGGUAUAAAUAUCCACGAGGUUAUCGAUCGCGCCUUGAAAAAAUGUUGGAGCAGUGCUUGAUUGUACCCUCAUCUUGUUUGGGUGCGUACCUCUUAGGCCGCAAUCCAACCACUCCUUCCC